UCUUUCCCAGCUCAGGACUGGUUGCUAGUGCAGUCUGGAUCUUUGAGCAACUUUACCACAGUGGCUUGAACUUUGCUCACUACGUUAUCCCGUCACCAGGGUCAGGCAGGCUAAUGAGAGGUACAGUUAAAACGACACACAAGCGUAGGAAUCACCCCUGUGCACUCGUGAGGCUGGCUGAGAGGAACUACCCGCAGGUGCAGUGGUGCUGUUAGGCGACGGGACAGGAGGACAUCCAGGAUGGCUGGAAGGAGACGAGGACGAGGCAGCAACGCCCAGCAGCAACAACAGGCCCCACAGAACCGAGGAAGAGGCCGCGGCAGGGCUCUACGGGAACCAGCUGUUUUUGCCAAAUCUACAGGUUAUGAAUCAGCAGUCCCCCAUGAAAAACUGACCAUUGCUCAAGCCAGGAGGGGCACACCAGCUAAUCGUCCCGUGAGGGUCUACGCUGAUGGAAUCUUUGAUCUUUUCCAUUCGGGUCAUGCUCGAGCGCUGAUGCAGGCCAAAAAUGUCUUCCCCAACACUCACCUGAUAGUAGGAGUGUGCAGUGAUGAACUCACCCACAAGUAUAAAGGCUACACGGUGAUGACAGAGGAUGAACGCUAUGACGCCCUCCUACACUGUCGCUACGUUGACGAGGUUGUGCGGGACGCUCCCUGGACUCUAACCACAGACUUCCUCCAGAAGCAUAAGAUUGACUUUGUGGCUCACGAUGAUAUCCCUUACACCUCUGCUGGAUCAGAGGAUGUCUACAAACACAUCAAGGAAGCAGGAAUGUUUGUGGCCACUGAGAGGACAGAGGGCAUCUCCACAUCUGAUCUGAUCACCCGCAUUGUCCGAGACUACGACAUCUAUGUUCGACGCAACCUGCAGAGAGGCUACACUGCCCGGGAGCUAAAUGUUAGCUUCAUUAAUGAUAAGAAGUACCGUCUGCAGAACCAGGUGGACAAGAUGAAAGAGACGGUCCGUACAGUGGAGGAAAAGUCCAAACACUUUGUUUACAGAGUGGAGGAGAAGAGCCAGGACCUCAUCCACAAAUGGGAGGAGAAGUCUCGAGAAUUCAUCAGCAACUUCCUGGAGCUUUUUGGACCAGAUGGAGCCUGGCAUGUGAUUCAGGAGCGAAGUGGUCGUAUGCUCCAGGCUCUGUCACCCUACUCAUCCCCCGUUGGCUCCCCCAGCACCAGCCCCACCAGAAGACGUUCAGGCUCCCCUAACUCCUUCCCCUCCUCUGCCUCUGCAUCCCCACCUUCCUCUCCAUCCUCUCCAUCCUCCCGCUCCUCACGCAAGAAGGGCAAACGCUCCUCUCUCAAAGCUGCCUCUACAUACAGCAGACACGUACAAUGACCUCCUCGUGCUUUGCUCUUCUUUAUUUAUCUACAACAAUUACACAAAAGGCUAAUAAUUAGAAUUAACAUUAAAAAAAUAACUUAUUUAAUGUAUUAUGGGCAUAUGCAGGUGAAAUACUAUAAGAUAUAUAAAUUGUCUUGUCAAUAAAGAAAAGAAAAAUACCAUUAAAAUGUUUGCUUGGA